AUGCGUAACCUCCGCAGCGUGCGCUUCGCCCGCUGGACUCAUCCGGACAUCACCUCGGCCUGCUGGGAUCCCGAAAAGGAUGAGCUGCUCUGCACCGUCGGUCCGACGGAGCGUAGCUCGAAUGUUGAUCUCGUGAGGGUGUCGGAAAAGGGGCCAAUCUCCCACACCGUCGUCGCCAGUUGGGAUGCGCCCAGCCCGAACCCUGACCUCGCCGUCGAUGCCGUCGUCGACGUCCACUAUCUGACCGGCCCCGGCACGACGUGCGUCGUCUUCGAGGGCGGAGACAUCGUCACCGUCGAGGAAGGGGACCACGCCCACGCCGACCCCCACAUCGAGAUCAUGGGAUCCAUCGACGCCGGCAUCUCGGCCGCACGAUGGUCCCCCGACGAGGAGCUGCUGGUGCUCGUCACCAAGCAAAACAACGUCGUCUUCAUGGGUAGCACCUUCGACCCCGUCGUCGAGGUCCCCAUGACGGCAGAUGAUCUCGCCUCGUCCAAGCACGUCUCCGUCGGCUGGGGCAAGAAGGAGACCCAGUUCCAAGGCCGCGGCGCCAAGGCGAUGCGGGAUCCAACCAUACCCGAAAAGGUCGACCAAGGUGUCGCGAGCCCGUACGAAGACGGUGCCGUGUCCAUCAGCUGGCGCGGAGACGGUGCCUACGUCGCCAUCAACUCGCUCCAGGAGCCCAGCAGGCGCCUCAUCCGCGUCUACUCUCGCGAGGGCGAGCUCGACAGCGCCAGCGAGCCUGUCGAUGGGCUCGAGGCCUCCCUCAGCUGGCGACCCUCCGGCAAUCUAAUGGCCGCCAUCCAACGACGGCCGGAUCGGGUCGACGUCGUCUUCUUCGAGAGGAACGGUCUCCGCCACGGCCAAUUCACCCUGCGCUCCCCCCGGGUGGCCGACGUCGUGUCGCAACACGGCAUUCGGCUCGACUGGAACGUGGACUCCACCGUCCUCGCCGUCACCCUGCAAGACGCCGUUCAGCUCUGGACCAUGGGCAACUAUCACUGGUACCUGAAGCAGGAGAUUCCCCUUCAUGCCCCCUUCUCCCAUCUCGCCUGGCAUCCCGAAAGGGCUCUACGGCUUGCCGCUUCCUCGUCGGACAGAACCAUCUUGGCCGAGCUUGUCUUUCACACCGCCCGAGGCUCCUGCCAACCUCCCAACGACAACGGUGCCGUCGCCGUCAUCGACGGCGAGACGGUCAAGGUCACCCCCUUCCGGACGGCAAACAUACCCCCUCCCAUGUCAUUGUUUGACAUGACUGCCGCCGACACGGCGGCGGUGGACGUGGCCUUUGGGCGCCAAAACACUUCCGUGGCCGUUUUGCAUCAACGGGGCGUUGACAUGUAUGAUAUGCCUCUGAAGAAUGGCCGAUCGAUCAAGCCUCAGCUGAGAUGCACCAUCCCAUUUCCGUCCUCUGCCGCGUCCGAGAAGUUGGUUCCGCUGCGGAUAUGCUGCCCCUGCGACGGACACUUCCGAAUCAUCACUCACCAGGACGCUGUUGGCGACGUGCACUGGGAUGUCGACGAGCGAGCGAGCCGCAUGAGCAUCGUUGAAGCCGCUCCGCCCCUAGCCGUCAUGUCGACAUACGAGGACGAGCAGAUCAUCGAGGGCUACGGCCAGGACUUGUCGGGAAACAUCCAUGUCCUGUCGUCAUCGGCCACGGAGCUCGCCUCUGUCCGGUUCCCCACCCAUUUGCCUUGGUUUGAGAUCAGCAAGCCGGAGGGCGUCCUCACCUGCUUUGGUCUUUCGAGAAACGGACACAUCUAUGGCAACUCGAGGCUUCUGGCCAAGAAUUGCACAUCGUUUGUUGUCACAUCGAAUCAUCUGAUAUUCACGACGAGCAACCACCUAGUCAAGUACGUACACUUGACGCCCAACGUCGACGCCUUGGAAGUUCCGGCAGACGAUCCCGAAAAUGACGAGCGCUGCCGUCGUGUCGAGCGAGGUUCUCGCCUCGUCGCUGCCAUCCCAACCAACAUGAGCAUCGUCUUGCAGAUGCCGAGAGGAAACGUCGAGACCAUCUUCCCGCGAGCAAUGGUCGUUGCCGGUAUCCGUAGUCUCAUCGACGAGAAGAACUACAAACGAGCAUUUUCCUAUUGCCGUACGCAGCGAGUUGACAUGAAUAUCUUGUACGACCAUCAGCCGAGCCAAUUUCUGUCCAAUGUUGGCCUGUUCUUGGAUCAGUUGUCCGAAGUGGCCUACAUUGAUCUCUUCCUCUCGUCCCUCAGGGACGAGGACGUCACGCAAACCACCUAUCGGGACACCAGACAGACGCCGACACCGCACACCUCCAACCUGGGCGCGCCGGGAACACCGUCAACACCCAAGCCCAACAUUGUCUGCGAUGCACUGCUCGGUGGACUGCAAUCCCGCAAGGCCACCCAUCUCCAGAACAUCAUCACUGCCCACGUCUGCAAAGUGCCGCCUGCGCUGGACGAUGGCCUUCUUCUCGUUUCCGAACUCAUGCAGGACGAUGAGAAGCUCGCGGAGAGGGCAGUCGAGCAUAUCUGCUUCCUCGUCGACGUGAAUCGCGUGUAUGAGCACGCCCUCGGCCUCUACAACCUCGAUCUGGCACUCCUCGUCGCCCAGCAAUCUCAGCGAGAUCCGCGAGAGUAUUUGCCCUUCAUCCAGAACCUUCACAUCCUCGAACUUCUGAGGCGCAAGUUCGAGAUUGACGACCACCUCGCACGACGGACCAAGGCUCUGGUCCAUCUCCAAGCUCUGGGUGCAUUUGACGAGCUUUGCGACUACACCACCAAGCACGCACUCUAUCAGGAUGCUAUCAAGCUGUACCGCUACGACCUGCCGCACCUCAACACACUCACAGGCCAUUACGCCGUCUACCUCGAGUCCUUGUCUAACUUCCGCGAGGCUGGGCUCGCGUACGAAUCUCUCCAGCAUUACACAAAGGCAACCAACUGCUACCGCGCCGCCGGUGCAACCUGCUGGCAGGAGUGUCUCUACACCGCGCAGCAGCAGUCCCCCCCUCUCUCGGCCGAUGCCAUGGCUGAUUUGGCCACGAGUCUUGCCGACGCCCUGUGGGAAGCAAAAGACUACGGCGCCGCGGCCACCAUCCACCUCGAUCAUCUCUCCACCAUCGAAAUGGCGGUCAAGUGUCUCUGCAAGGGGUACCAAUUCGCAGAAGCGAUUCGUCUCGUCGUCCAGCGGUCGCGCCCUGACCUCCUCGAGACGGCUGUCGACGUUGGCCUUGGCGAAGCCUUUAGCAGCACGGCCGAGUUCCUCGCCGACUGCAAAGCCCAACUCCUUGCGCAGCUGCCUCGCAUCGCCGACCUGCGGUGCAAGGCCGCCGAGGAUCCCCUGGCAUUCUACGAGGGCGAACGUGCCGGCGGCGGCGACAUCCCCGACGACGUCUCUGUUGCGGCCAGCUCGCGUAUCAGCACCAGCGCCAGCCUCUUCACCCGCUACACCGGCAAGGGGGCCGGCAGCGUAGGCACCGUCGGCACGGGCGUGAGCCGAGCGACGAGCAAGAACCGCCGCCGCGAGGAAAAGAAGCGUGCGCGGGGCCGUAAAGGCACCGUCUACGAGGAAGAGUACCUCGUCAACAGCGUGCGGCGCCUCAUCGAGCGCGUCGGCGCGACAAAAGUCGAGGUCGAGCGCCUCGUCUUUGCGCUCGUGCGCCGCGGCAUGGCAGAAAGAGCACGUGCGGCCGAGGCGCUCAUGGUGGACGUGGUCGCUUCGUGUGAGCGAGCCGUCGCCGAGGUGUUUGCAGCCCCUGGGUCUGUGGCGGAACAGAAUGACGACGAGCCGGCUGGCGGUGCGGAGGGCAGCGGCAUGUGGAAGGCAACGGGCGGCGAUGCUGUUCUGCAGGACUGGAUGGUGGGACGUAGCAAGAGGUUGGAGCCGCCCAUCAUUGCGGGCAUGGCCAAGCUCACCCUGCUUGGUUGA